ACUAUUUAAGAGAUGCUGAGACUGAGGCUGAUCACAGUCAGUCAUGGGUCGUCCUGGAAUUCAGCUGCAGACAUGGACACUGUGUGUCCUCUUGAGCUGGAUGUGUGUGGGUUUAACAGAGGCAAGACCGCAGUAUAUGGUCACCAUUCCUGCGGUUAUGGAAGCUGGAGCUGAGACCAGAUUCUGUGUGAGUCUCCUGCAGUCAACUGAGACUGUGGACAUGACUGUCACUCUGAUGUCCAAUGUGGAGAACACAACUCUCCUCAAGCAGUCAACCGACAAAGACCUCCAUCAAUGCAUUUCAUUUACGUCUCCUACAGUGCAGGAUACAGAGGUGCAGACAUUGGAGGUGGAGGUACGAAGCAACAGAUAUCACUCAAGAGAAGUCAGGAAAGUCAUGUUCAAAGCCUAUCGACCAAUGACAUUCAUCCAAACAGAUAAACCAAUCUACCUUCCUGGACAAACAGUCAGUUUCAGAGUCCUUUCAAUGGAUACCAAGUUCAGACCUGUCAAUAGUGUGUACAAUAUCAUUGAAAUUGAGGAUCCUCAGAGCAACCGGAUUGGACAGUGGCAGAAUGAAACAUCCGAUAGUAAAAUACUGCAGUUUUCUUACUCCUUGAACUCUGAGGCCCGUGAAGGAGUCUACCAAGUUAUUGUGACGUCUGGUGAAGUCAAAUUCUACCACAGGUUCAAAGUUGAGAAAUAUGUUUUGCCUAAAUUUGAUGUAACAUUGAAAGUACCUGAUGAAGUAAGUAUUGAAGAGGAAUACAUCACAGUUGAUGUAUGUGCAAAGUACACAUUUGGACAGCCUGUGCCAGGGAGUGUUAAAUUUGAGAUGUGCAGACCUUUGAGUCACUAUUUUGGACAUAUUUAUGAAAUAACCCCUGAAGGGGGAGUCCCAGACAUCGGUGCCCCAUGCCACAAGGAGACAAAGCAGAUGGAUAAGAAAGGCUGUGCCACUUUGACCAUCAAGAUGUCCACUUUCACAAAAAUUGGCGAAAAGGCAGUGCAAGAUGCUUUGGAUAUCAAAGCCCAAGUGGAGGAGGAGGGGACCGGUAUUUCACACCAACAAGGGAAAAGAACAAUUAUUUCCUAUGUUCUUGGAAAGCUGUCAUUUAUUGACACACCCAAGAUUUAUGAGGAAGGAUCAACUGUGGAAGGAAAAGUUAAAGCAGUAUACCAUAAUGAUACACCCAUUGCUGACAAGCCACUCUACUUGUUUGAGGGACAACAUUGGUUCCAAAAACAGCACCAGAAUCUCACAACUGACAGCAAUGGUAUCGCUACUUUCUCAUUCAGCCCAGCUACCUUCCAAAGGGACAUCUACCUCACUAUCAGCACCGAACCAACACGGGCGUACACCCUGUAUAGAACUCCAUACUAUGAGGCUGGAGAACACACAUUGUCUUUGAUGGAACAGGCAUCCCCUGAUACAAAGUCAGUGAGCUUCCUGGAGGUGAAGAAGAAGGAUGGACCACUUCCCUGCGAGUCAGAAGAGGACAUCUCCAUUAAAUACACUGUUGCUGGAGAGGCUCAGGGUUCUGCAGAUUUGAUGUAUCUGAUCUUAUCCAGAGGAGCCAUUUUAAUGCUGGGCUCUAAACAGAUUCAAGUAGAAGAUAAACCAGUGACUGAGGGUGAGGUGUCCUUUAAGUUGAAAGUGUCUCCAGAGAUGGCACCAGGGAUUGUUGUAGUGGCUUAUGCUAUCCUCCCCAGUGAGACUGUGAUGGCCCACAGUGCAGACAUAUCCACUGAGAAAUGCUUCAGUCACAAGGUAUUGCUGGAGUUUUCUCAAUCUUCAGCUGUCCCAGGAGAGGAAAGCACCAUGCAGUUGACGGCUCAGCCUGGUUCUCUGUGCGGUGUUAGUGCUGUCGACCAGAGCGUCCACAUCAAGGAGCCAGGGAAGACUGUGAAUGCAGACAAGAUUUUUGACUUAUUGCCCGUCACAAAAGCAUCCUAUAUUCCAUAUGAAGUUUUUGAUUCUGAAUCAUGCAUGCAUGUGAGACCCAGAAGAUAUGUUUUCCCCAGACGUGACCGGACAGAUGAUGCUCAUACAGUUUUCCAGAAUAAUGGGCUGAAGAUGGCAACAAAUGUAUUUAUCCGAGUGCCUACAUGCCUCCAGUAUAGAGGAAGAGAAUACUACUACGGCCUAUAUGGUGAGUUUGUUUCGACUUUUUUUCUUUUGUAUGACGUUAACUGUGUCAUUGCUACCAUUCACUUCUGUGCUCCACCUGGACCAGACCGCUCUCUCGGCGGUCUUCCUCCUCCACCAAUAGUGACAGUCCGCUCUUUCUUCCCUGAGACUUGGAUAUGGGACCUGGUGGAAAUUGGAGAGUCUGGAACAAAGGAUGUUCCAGUCACUGUCCCAGACACCAUCACCACCUGGGAGACGGAGGCUUUCUGUUUGUCCCCUCAUGGUUUUGGCUUGGCUCCUCGUAAAGAGUUCACCGUCUUCCAGCCCUUCUUCCUCGAGCUCAGCUUGCCCUACUCAGUCAUCCGGGGGGAGCAAUUUGAACUAAAGGCAACCGUUUUCAGCUACCAGUCCAACUGCAUGAUGGUCACUGUGACUCCAGGCCCCUCCUUAGAUUACAACCUCACUCCCCGCUCUGGUAACCAGUACACAUCCUGUCUGUGUAACAGUGGAAGAAAAACUCUCACCUGGACCAUGGUCCCUACGUCCUUAGGGGUUAUGAACGUGACUGUGAGCGCUGAGGCUGUGGCUUCUCAGGUUUCAUGUGACAAUGAGAUUGUGAGCGUUCCAGACAGAGGUCGCAUUGAUGUGGUAACACGACAACUCAUUGUAAAGGCUGAGGGAACUGAGAUGACAAAGACCCACAACUGGCUGUUCUGUCCUAAAGAGGAGACAUUGACAGCGGAUAUAGAUUUAAAACUCCCUGAGAACGUGAUUGAUGGAUCUGUCCGUGCCUCAAUAUCAGUCCUGGGUGACAUCCUGGGUCGGGCCUUGAAGAACCUGGAUGGAAUGCUGAAGAUGCCGUAUGGAUGUGGGGAGCAGAACAUGGCUCUCCUGGCUCCCAACAUCUACAUCCUCCAGUACCUGAAAAACACAGAUCAGCUGACCCCGGCCAUCAAGGAAAAGGCUACCAACUUCCUGACCAGUGGCUACCAGAGACAGUUGAACUACAAACAUAACAAUGGUGCUUACAGCACAUUUGGAACAGGACAAGGGAACACUUGGUUGACUGCUUUUGUGCUGAGAUCCUUUGCCAAAGCACAGUCUUUCAUCUACAUUGACCCAGAAAAGGUUCAACAGACUAAGAUUUGGCUGGAGAGUAUUCAACGCAAUAAUGGCUGUUUUGAACAGUUAGGAAGACUCUUCAAUAACAGAAUGAAGGGCGGUGUGUCUGAUGAAGUGACUCUCACUGCUUACGUCACUGCUACCUUCUUGGAGAUGGGCAUUUCCAAAGAUGAUGCUGUGGUGAAUAAGAGCCUGUCUUGCCUCAGGGAGUCCGCCAGUGAACUGGAUAACAUCUACACUACAGCUCUGCUGGCGUAUGUCUUCACCUUGACUCGAGACAUGGAGGCUCGAGCUCAACUUCUGGAGCAACUAGACAAGGUUUCAUUAAAAGAUGGGGGUUUCCUCCACUGGUCUCAGUCAACAACAGAAUCAUCAACCUCUCUGUCUGUGGAGAUCAGCUCCUAUGUGCUGCUGGCUAAACUCAGUGCCUCCCCUACUACUGAAGACCUGGGCUACACCAGCCGCAUCGUCAGAUGGCUGACAGGGCAGCAGAACCAUUACGGAGGCUUCUCCUCUACACAGGACACAGUGGUAGCGCUUCAGGCUCUGGCUCUCUACUCCACUCUGGUGUUCAGUCCAGAGGGUUCAAGCACAGUGACAGUUCAGUCUCCCAGUAGCCAGAUGACAUUUGAUGUGAACCAGCACAACAAACUGCUCUACCAGGAGAAGACACUGCAGGAUGUGACAGGAAAGUACAGUCUGGAGGUGAAAGGAACAACAUGUGCUGCAAUGCAGAUUUCUCUUCAUUAUAAUAUCCCAACUCCUACUGAUGUUACUACUCUGAGUGUUGAGGUAAAACCAGAGGCCACCUGCUCCAGCACAUCCGCCAGACCUAAACUCACUCUGAAGCUAAAAUCACUCUAUAGGGGAGAGCAGUUAAUGACAAACAUGGUGAUCCUGGACAUCAAAAUGCUCUCUGGAUUUGUCCCAAAUCCAGAGUCUUUGAAGAAGCUCAAAGGUGCUCCGCUGGUGGAUAAUGUUGAACAAGAGGAAGAUCAUGUUCUUUUGUACAUACGGGAGUUACCAAAGAUCGUGGCCAUCAACCACAGCUUAGAGCUCAUACAGGAGAUCCCUGUGCAGAACCUAAAGCCAGCCGUGAUCAAGAUCUAUGACUACUAUCAGCCAAGUGACCAAGCUGAGAUAGAAUACACCUACCCCUGUGCUUAAGGUUACCAUCUGCAAUGACAUACAAGAACACUUAAAACUAUAGUUUAAUAAGAAAACCAAAAAGAAGUACUGAUUUAAAUUGGUUUGAAAAAUAACAGAUAAUCUAGGUAUGUACAAUGAUUUGGAAAUCAACUGCAGCAUGAAAAAUGAAGGGUGGUCAAGAUAUGUAUCCUUUCCCUGUCCUUGAGGUCAGCAAUUCACAAAUAUUGGGCAGACAUGUGGGUGUUGUAAUCCAUCAUCGCUGUUUGAGGAUGACCACACAGGUAUGUUCACUAGGAAAUGGUUUACUUUUACCUGAGGACCGCUGUUGAUAUGGCACAAUCAAACAUCCCACACAGUUUAAAGUGCACUGUUGGAGAACUGAACAAGUUUCUGUGACAUCAAUAUAUAAAUUAGAUUGAGGAAAACCUUGUACCCUUAGCUGACCAAUCCUAAUGAUGGAGAUUAAAUUAAAAUAAAUUGCUGAGAGGACUUAAGUACAAUAAGAAAAAAAUAAAUCAAUAAAUAAGGUGCAAAUCACAUCACAAUUAAAAGCAGUACUUUCUCUACCACUAGUCAAUAGUCAUAGUCAUCUCAUAAAAAAUAAUGCAAUCAGAUAGUGCCUGGUGGGUCAAGAAUCAAAAAUGUGAGUCCAAAUUACUGGACUAGGGCUGCAGUGGUCUAUAAUGCCCAUUACAGUGUCCUAGUGUCUCAAAUCCAAUAAACAAUGUAUUUACGAUUAAUUAAUUAAUGUAAAACCAUUUCAUGGACGACUUCUUAACAUUUUUUACAAACUUUUGGUUAAUAUUUAAAUUAGAUUUAUUAGAAAGUGUUAAAUUGGUGUUUUAGAUUUACCUAAUUACAUAAAACUGCUUUAGUGAAGUGCCUCUCUGUCCUACCUUUGAAACAAAGAUAAACAUGUCUUUUGAAAAACAGUGUGUCAAGUUAUUAUUAGAGAACCAGAUAACAAGCUCAGUUAGCAAGAAAAGUCCUUAUUGAAUGAAAUGAUUUACACUUCCAAGCACAAAAUGUCCGGUGGGAGGAAACAGCACAGUACAAACAAUAGAUAGAAGUUCAUGUCUGUUAUGAAUGACUAACACUGGCAUGUCACAGCUGGCUAGCAUUUUAGCAGUUAGUUUGCCAGCUACACCAAGUUUCCUUCUAAUAGUCAAUAUGUAACCAAGCUUCUAUAACCAAAUGUUAAAAGACGCACAGAUAAAUGGGCCUUUACUGGAUGUGAGAGACACUGUGGGUUAAACUACACUAGUUUGAAUUAUUACAAGAGUAGAAACUAGAUCCCAUUUGGGACCAGAAAAUCAUUUGCAUGGUGACGAAAAAGCCCUUAAUGAAUGCAAAGUGAGCAAAGAAUGCUCUCAAGGAUGUAGCCGGGAAAUGUGUCUUUGUUAACGAUCAAGAGAAUGCCUCAUAACCUAAACCCCAGAGGAGUCACCACAACAUGCAAACCCCUGGUAAUCCACAAAAGACCAAAGCAAGCAAAGAGCUUCAAGGGGGAGGGAUUGAACAUCCUCAGCUGGCCAAGUCAACCACCUGAUCUCACUCUGAUUGAGCUACAGUCAACAUGCUGAAGACCACUGUGUAGUAAAGGAAGAGAGACUCUACAACCAGCAAGAGCUGAAGAUGUCUGCUGUGAAGUUCUGGGAGAACAUCACCAGGAAACAUACAAAAGACCUGCUCUUGUCUGAGCUCUUAAAAUUUAGCAUAUUUUUGUUUUUUUUUUCAAAUUGAAUGGGCUUUAGUACAGAGCCUGAAGAAGAAAACAUGUAUAAUAAUAAUAAUGUUUUUUCAUCUCAGAGAUUAAACAAAAAACGCUCA